AGUGAUGGAUCCGGCGUGGGGAAUUGUUGGGAUUGUUUGGGUUUGGGUGUCCGCGAGCUCCCCGAACCCCGCUGGAACUUCGCCGCAUCCCGAGGAUCCUUCAGCAUCUCCCUUUCCCUAUGGAAGCUGUCUUUGUGGGUUUUUUGGGAUUCCAACCCCAUCCAGCCUGUAAUUCUGUCAUCCUUCCCUCAUCCCCCGCCCCAAGCUGUCCCAAAAAUCCCAUCCCGGGCUCUGUUUUUCCAUCAUCCAGCCACAAAUCCCGGCCGAACCCCGGCUCGGGGGCUCCUCCCUUCGCUCGGGGGCCGAGCUGCUCCCGAAUUUCGGGGGGCCCCGCCUCGUUCCCCAAUUUUGGGGGACGGAGCGCUCGCCAUUCCCGAAUUUCCGAGGGCAGAUGGCUUUUUCCUGGCUGAGGGCAUCCUUGGCUGGAGCCGUGCCCUCCCCAUCCCAGCUGGAGAGGAAUCCAAAGGAUCCAGAGCCCGGGAAGAUCCAGGUUACCUGACCGUCAGCAUCGAGCCCCUGCCCCCGGUGGUGGUGGGAGACGCCGUGACCCUGAAAUGCAACUUCAAAACCGACGGGAAAAUGCGGGAGAUCGUCUGGUACCGGGUCACUGACGGCGGCACCAUCAAGCAGAAGAUCUUCACCUUCGAUGCCAUGUUUUCCACCAACUUUUCCCAGAUGGAAAACUACCGGAAGCGGGAAGACCUCGUUUACCAAUCCACCGUGCGCCUUCCCGAGGUCCGGAUUUCGGACAACGGUCCCUACGAGUGCCAUGUGGGGAUCUACGACCGAGCCACGCGGGAGAAGGUGGUGCUGGCCUCCGGGAACGUGUUCCUGAAUGUGAUGGCUCCCCCAACGUCCAUCUCGGUGCUGGCCGCGGACACCCCGGCACCCUUCAGCCGCUACCAGGCACAGAACUUCACCCUGGUGUGCGUGGUGUCCGGCGGGAAGCCCGCGCCGCUGGUGUACUUCAAGCGGGACGGGGAGCCCAUCGAGGCCACCCCACUGCCGGAGCCGCCGGCCGGCGCCAGCAGCUGGGCCCCCCGCAACCUCCUGCACCGCGACCUGGAUGACACCAAACUGCCGAAAUCCCUGGCAGCCGAUGGCGAGCCGGGAAUGGGAAACCCCUUCCCCACGGCGGAUCCGCCACGGGGGCUGGCGGCCGAGCGGGAUUCGGUGACGGAAAGCAUUCCCGAGACGGUGGUGAGCCGGGAAUUCCCGCGUUGGGUGCACAUGGCAGAACCCAUCUAUUACUUCCGGCACACGCACGCGCCUGUCAGCGACGGCACCGUCGAGGCCCGCGCCACCCUCACGUGGACCCUGAACCCCCAAAUCGACAACGAGGCUCUGUUCAGCUGCGAGGUCAAGCACCCGGCGCUCUCCAUGCCCAUGCAGUCCGAGGUCACGCUCGUUGCUCCCAAGGGUCCGAAGAUCACCAUGACCCCAACGAGGGCGCGCGUGGGGGACACCGUGCGGAUCCUGGUGCAGGGAUUCCAGAACGAGGUGUUCCCAGAGCCGCUGUUCACCUGGACGCGGGUGGGGAGCCGGCUCCUGGACGGCAGCGCCGAGCACGACGGGAAGGAGCUGGUUCUGGAGCGGGUCCCGGCCGAGCUCAACGGCUCCAUGUACCGCUGCACCGCCCAGAACCCGCUGGGCUCCACCGACACCCACACACGCCUCAUCGUCUUCGAAAACCCGAAUAUUCCCAGAGGACCAGAAGACUCCAACGGUUCGCUUCCCGGCCAUCGCGGCUUCAGACUGGUUUUGGCGCUCACCCUGACAGUGAUCCUGGAGCUCACGUGAAGCUUCACUGCCUCUUCCUUCUCCUCCUCCUCCACCUCCGUCCGGCUCCUCUCGGCAUUCCCGCCUCCAGCCAUCCCACUUUUUUUUUUUCUAUACUCUCGACAGUCUCGGUCUCUUUCCGUGUCUUGGCUUCCUCAGAUGAUUGAAUUAAAGGGAAAAAGGAAAACCUC